AUGGCUUCUGUAACGAAAUCGUCCAAUACAAGUGAUUUCUAUUAUGCAUGUCGCAAUGGAUUGAUAGAUAAAGUUCGUGAACAAUUACCAACCAUGAGUUUAGAAGAAAUCGACCAAGUUCAAGCAAAUGGUUCUACCGCUCUUCAUGCUGCAUCUUAUUAUGGUCAUACAGAAAUAGUUAAAUUAUUAUUGGAUAAAGGUGCGAGUCGUUCAAUACAGAAUAAACAUAAAUGUUUACCUUAUGAUGAAGCAGAAAAAGAUGAAAUUAAAAAAUUAUUUGUACGCCAAUCAGCAACUCGAUUCUCUGAUGGAUCUGGUCAUAUUGAUUGGAUGAAAUGUGAUACUGCAGCUGAAUCUCUUGCAAGUGAUUAUCGAUUUCGUCAUAGUGGAUUUGGAUGGCAAAAUAAAAAUAUUGACCAUCGUUUAAAAUAUAUCAAGAGUGAAAUGUCUCACACUGAAAUAGAACGUAUUAGCACAUUUAUUGAUCAAGCAAAAAAAGAUCCAAUAACUCUUCUUAAAGCAUAUACGUUCGAAUCGGAUUUUUAUAAGAAAUUAAAUAAAGAUUUAGCAGCAAGACAUUUUGAUCAAGGUACAAAUUUUGGUCUAACAUAUUUUAUUGAUUUUUUCUAUAAUAAUCCAGCAUUUAAACAUCUAUCAUAUAAAGGAAAAGUUUAUCGUGGUAUGACUAUGACACAGGAUGAUCUUAAACAAUAUAGUGUUGGAGGAAAAAUUAUGAGCAAAGCAUUUAUGUCAACAACAAAAGAUCCAAAAAUUGCUAAACAAUUUGCGUCAAAAGAUUUACCUGAUCGCAAAAAACAACAUGGUGAAAAUGUUAAAUUAUCUGCAUUUUGUACAUAUGAAAUAAUUAAUGAUCGAACUGGAUUAAACAUCGAAGAAAUAUCAGAGUAUAGAGAUGAAAGAGAAGUAUUAGUGGGUCCAUAUACAGCUUUUAUAAUUAAGGCAAUACGUGAGAUUUCUUCAAAUUAUGUUGAAAUUGAUCUUCAAGAAUGUGAAAAAAUUGAUUAUCAAGAUGAUGAUGAUGAUGAAUUUGAUGAUGAUUAA